CCGGAAGCUUGGAGCCCGGAACUCUUGCGCCGGGUCUCGGGCCGGCCGGAGGAGUCCGUCGCCGGGAGCGGUCGGCGGCGCCAUGCGGUUGACCCCGCGCGCGCUGUGCGCCGCCGGCCGGGCUGCCUUUCGGGAGAGCUUUCCCCUGGGCGGUCGCGACGUGGCGCGCUGGUUCCCAGGCCACAUGGCCAAGGGGCUGAGGAAGAUGCAGAGCAGCCUAAAGCUGGUGGACUGUAUCAUCGAGGUCCAUGACGCCCGGAUCCCACUUUCGGGCCGAAACCCUCUGUUUCAGGAAACUCUUGGGCUUAAGCCGCACUUGCUAGUCCUCAACAAGAUGGACCUGGCGGAUCUGAAGGAGCAGCAGAAAAUUAUGCAACAUUUAGAAAGAGAAGGCCUAAAAAAUGUCAUUUUUACCAACUGUGUAAAGGAUGAAAAUAUCAAGCAGAUCAUCCCGAAGGUCACGGAAUUGGUCGGGAGCAGCUACCGCUAUCACCGAGGAGAGAACCUGGAGUACUGCAUCAUGGUCAUCGGCGUCCCCAACGUGGGCAAGUCCUCGCUCAUCAACGCCCUCCGGAGGCAGCACCUCAGGAAAGGAAAAGCCACCAAGGUGGGCGGCGAGCCUGGGAUCACCAGGGCUGUGAUGUCCAGAGUUCAGGUGUGCGAGCGGCCACUGAUGUUCCUGCUGGACACCCCCGGGGUGCUGGCUCCUCGGAUCCAGAACGUGGAGACGGGCCUGAAGCUGGCCCUGUGCGGAACCGUGCUGGACCACCUGGUGGGGGAGGAGACCCUGGCCGACUACCUCCUCUACACCCUCAACAGGCACCAGCUCCUGGGGGAUCGCCUCUGUCGCCGACUGGCAUGCAGGCCUGCUGCUCGGCUGAAGACGUGUGUGUUUCACCUUCAUCUGUGGAGGCUGCCUCCCUGUGUGCAGAAUUCCAGAUGGACAGCGGUCCUCAGUCCUGCAGAGAAGUCUGGUGUUUCUGGCCCAGUCCUUGGCACACGCCGGUUCCCAGGCCGGGAACUGAACCCACGCCACAGCAGUGACGCUCCCUGCCUGCUGUUUGUUCCCUGUGUUUACGCCCCUCUGGCUGCUUUGACGACAUGUCUUUGUUAAGUUCUGAGCGGUUUCUGAUUGCAGGCCCUGGUGUGGUUUUCUCUUGCUGCUGCGUUUAGAGCUCCUCGUGCCCCCGCGGCUCGGGUUGUGCCUUUUACAAAUUCCGAUGAUGUGCAGCCAUUCGGCGCAGGGCGACUCUGUCCCCCAGGCUCUGGCUGGCGCCAUUUGUCCCCAUUUCCUGCAGGAGGCGGGGCUCAGGCACGUGUGGGCGGGAGGCUUCCCCGGGGCCUCUUGGGCUCCUGGGCAGAGGGGCCUGUGGAGCUGCUGCUCUCGGAACUCUGAUUGUGGACCCGUGUGCCUUUGGCCUGUCUGUCCCUGAGACGGGGGCUUUGUUGCUGGUGCGGGUCCGGGCACUCAGCCCGAGGGCCCGUCCAGCCUCCCCCUCCCCCUUGCCUGUCGGGACGUGCGACCGGCUUGCCUCGGCAGCACACACUCAGCUGGGCUGCUGACCUGGGCCCGGGCGGCUCAGGGGCGGAGGGGACGACGCCUGUGGGCACAGCCAUCCGGCUGCUGUGCCCAGGGCUGCAGCGGCGGAGCUGGGUCACCCAGGCCCACGCGGGGAGGUCGGGGAGCAGGCGUGACCGUGCCGGCCGUCCUGGCUCCCGCCGGCUGACUGCCUGCCUGGCAGGUACGUGCAGCACUACGGCCUGGGCCAGGCCUGCGACGACAUCGCGAGCGUGCUGAAGCGGGUGGCCGUGCGGCUGAGGAAGACGCAGAGGGUGAAGGUGCUGACUGGCACGG